GCAACAUUGGGUGGUGUGUGGCUGUGCUCCAUCUCUGCCUGCCCGCAUAUACUUCCUAGGGCCUUCCCAAGUACCCUCUGGCAUACGUGUACCCCUGGUUGACAACCCCUAACCUAGACAAAUUGAUUGAUUAAGCCAAAAGAAAUCUUAUGGGGUUCUAUACAGACUAGUGCAAAGUCCUGCACUUAGGAUGGAAGAAUCCCAUGCACCGGUGCAGGCUGGGGGCUGACUGGAUUAUUUGCAGCUCUGCAGAAAAGGGCUUGGGUGUUACAGUGGACAAUAAGCUGAAUAUGAGUCAACAGUGUGCCCUUGUUGCCAUCAGUGUGUACUGGGCUGCAUUAGGAGGAGCAUUGCCAGCAGAUCAAGGGAAGUAAUUAUUCCCCUCUCUUCUGCACUGGUAAAGUCACUUUUGGAGUACUGUGUCCAGUUCUGGGCUCCCCACUACAGAAAGGAUGUGCACAAGUUGCAGAGAAGUUGGAGAGGGUCUGGCAGAGAGCAGUGAAAAUGGUAUGGGGGCUGGGCUAUGUGACUUGUGAGGAGAGCGUGAGAAAAAUAGGUUAAUUUAGUCUGCGGAAGAGAAGACCAGGCACGGGGAGGGGAAGGGGGGCAGUUAAUAGCAGCCUUCAGCUACCUUAAAGGAGGUUCAAAAGAGGAUGGAGCUGUAUUGUUCUCAGUAGUGGCAGAAGAAGGAGCAGUCUCAAAUUGCAGCAAGGGAGGCUUAGGUUGAAUAUUAGGACACACUUUCUCAUCAGGAGGGCAGUGAAGCCCUGGGGCAGGUUACCCAGAGAGGUGGUGGAAUCUCUGUCCUCAGAGGUUUUUAAGUCCUGGCUUGACAAAGCCCUGGGUGCAAUGAUCUAGUUGGGGCUGGUCCUGCUUUGAGAAGGGGUUUGGACUAAAUGUGACGUCCCGAUGUCCCUUCCGACCCUCAUUUUCUAUGAUCCUUUGAAUAUCUGGGUAAGUUUUAAACGGUCACCCUGAGGAGUGCACCAGAAAUGCCUAGGUUGAGCAGGAGUGCUGUUGGAGGGGUGAUGUUGCACUGGCCCUACACUGAGUAUUCUUGGGGAGUCUUAGGGCUGCAUGCCACAGAUAACCCAUCCUGAGUGACGGUCAUGGGCACUUUGUGCCCAAAAGUCAUCUGACAUCUCUCCCAAUAAUAUAUUUGAUCCCAUAAAAAUUGUUGCCCAGAAUUCUUGCUUCUGUUCUUGCUGACUGAUAGGUGGUAACGAUUGGGUUUAACUUCUGAUUGGCCAGAGGAUGGCGGAAGAGAGAAGAAAAGCGGCAAGUGAUGCUAGCGGUGACAUGGUGGAGUCAAUGGUGCCUUCUCUGGUGACAGCAGAAGAUAACAGGAGAGCUCCCAAUUUAUGCCUAACGUGCAUUAAAGAGAAAUGGGUCCUAAUUGCAGUUACCAUGGUCAUCACAAUUUUGCUCAUUAUCAUCAUUACAUUGGCAGCCAGAAAAUCUCCACCCUGCCCUUCUUGCACUGCUGCCUGCCCAGACAACUGGCCUGGAUAUCAAGGAAAGUGUUUUCUCUUCUCAGACACAGAAGAGUCCUGGAACUCGAGUCAGAGUAACUGCUCUUCACAUGGAGCCUCCCUGGCUGUGAUUGACUCCAUAGAUGACUUGGAGUUCAUGCUACGUCAUAAAGGGAGACCUUACUACUGGAUUGGCCUUUGGAAGGAAACAAGCCAGCUCUGGAGAUGGACCAAUGGAACUGUAUUCAAUUAUCUGUUUCCAAUCAGAGGAGAGGGGGACUGUGCCUAUGUGAAUGAUGAUGGUGUCAGCAGCUCCAGGUGCUCCUCAAAGAGGAACUUCAUCUGCAGCCAGCCAGAUAAUUGUGCCAGAGGAAAGCCAAGCAGCUUGAUGGGGAACAUAGCAGCAGACGUGAUGUAAGGGACUAAUGCAGGUUGUUUUGAGGGCCUGCAGUCUGUGCACUGGUCAUCCUGCCUCUAUGACCCCUGCUGAGGACUUCAAGCCAGUGUCCAUCUGGGAGGUGUGUGACUCCAGUCUCUGUGUUUCUUUAAGUCCUCAGCUAUGGGCAUCAUGUGAUGAUGAUAUAAAACGUCUUUUCCUCUCAGGUUUUAGUUGUGUAGAGUUUGAAACUGAGCAAUGUAAAAGGCUGAAAAUGGAGAGCCAAAAUAAAAAUGAAUCCAGCCAUUACUGGCAAUACUGAAUUAACAAGUUCCAAGGCCUAGAUUUUGGUCACAUCCUCCCUAGGCCUUGACAUGUUCAGAAAUUUGAGGCAAUGUCCAGGUAAGAUGGGAAGUGGAACGAAUUGUGAGGCAUGAACCAGAGGUAUGUUUAUGGCAUCUCGAGCACCUGCAAAUGUUCCUCAAGCCCUCUGGGGUAGGGCAACUUUCCCUUGUGCCUUCAAGAGAGAUAAGGAACCUGGUGUUUCAUGAGUCUCCUGUUUUGACUCUGCCUUAAAACGUUUUUGUUUACACUAAUUUUAUAUGCCAGGAUUGUCCACAACAGUCCCCUGGAAAAAUAAAUCUUCAGUCACAACAA